AUGUCCGACCCGGAUUCUAUAACCGGUUCGGCCGAGAGUUCUCGGGCGGCAGUAGAGACCGCUAUCGAAGUUCUAUCUGGAUUACGAGAGGCUCAUGAUCAUGACUACGGCCGUGAUAAUCAUAUCUCGUCUCCAGUCUUGCCUUCAGCCCAUUUAGUCCCGCGAACAGAAGAAGAAUUUGCGUAUGACAAGUGUAAAAAAUUGCCCAUAAAACAAAGUAUGGUCAGGUUACGGGACGAGCUUGGAAUUCCAUCAACGGGCAUGGCAAACGACCACAGAUGGGAGCAAUUAUCAAAUUUGGUGGCUCGUCUGGUACACGAGUUUCGCUUGGAUACGAAAGAGAAAAUCUCAAUUUCAGAGUUCACUGAAUUUAGCAAGGCUAUUGGAGAUUCAUUGGAAUGGCAAGAUUGUAGCCCAAAGCACCCAGUCGCAGCCUUUGUGCCCGUACUUCUUACCCGCUGGAAAAAGAACCGGGUCAUUCGGCCACAGCAACGCAGGGGACUGCGUUAG